CAGGCAGCUCGCGAGUGCAUGCCAAUAGCCGGUGCCUUCCUUCACACCUGCGAGCUGUAUAAGUAGAGCCGGGCACCCAGAGUUAAAGGAACGCCCACUCAUCCAAGCAGUGAAAGAGAAGAAGCUAAUCAAGCUCAACAGCCUUCUUUUCCAUCGAGUGUGUGCGUAGCAGACCCAAGAGUUAGAGAAUCCAAGAAGAGUGUGGACCUAGCCAUGGCUGGGGUGGUCGGCGUCUGGUUCGCCAAGUUCGGCCGGGAGGCGGCGCCGGCGGCAGAGGCAGAGGCCGAGGUCGUCGGCCGGCGACACCAGGGCGACGCCCUGCUCGAGGUGGAGGCCGUGAAGAAGGGCGGCGUGCAGAUCCAGGAGAGGAGGAGGAGGACCAGCGCCGUCCUCGCCAACUCCGAGGACACGGUGUGCAUGCUCAUGGACCGCUUCGCCCCGGCCUGAUGCGCCGGUGAACCGGCGGUGUCCGUACGUACGUGUAAAUUCCAGGGCACGUACGUCCGUAGGGGCGCGGGCACAAGGGAGGAAUCUAUACCUUGUGCUGUGAUUGUACAUAAGCUUUUUUUCAUCGCUAAUCGAGUGAUCGUAGUAGUACUGUAGUAGUGCUCAUGCCUUCCGUUAAAAAAAAGGAUAAAUAAAUUAUGCGGCCAGUUGAAUCAACUGUAUCAUAUCAUGUGCUCCUAUGUAUGACUGUAUCCUUUGAAUGGAUUGUUUGGUUUCUAUGGCA